AUUCCAAAAACCAGACCUGUUCGCCCCCACCAAUUGAUAUCGCUCUCUCUUUUCCAUAUAGCAGAGUUGUACAACCUUAGCGCUGGGUUUUAUUGCACAAAAAAAAAAAAAAAAAAAUGUUAAAGCCAACAACAAUAACAACAAGUAGUAGCUCUAGCAGGGAAGUGCAACAACCUUCGGAGAGAAGUGACGCCAAAUACAAAGGUGUAAGAAGGCGUAAAUGGGGGAAAUGGGUGUCUGAAAUUCGGCUUCCGAAUAGCCGGGAGCGAAUAUGGUUAGGCUCAUACGACACGCCUGAAAAGGCAGCACGGGCAUUCGAUGCGGCCCUUUUUUGUCUACGUGGUCCAGAUGCUAAGUUCAAUUUCCCAGACACUCCUCCGGAUAUUAAUAUCAAUGCUAAUGGCAGGCACACUCUUAGUCCACAAGAAAUUCGAGAGCUUGCUGCUAGGUUUGCUAAUGAUGAUGAUGAUAAGGACUCGCACCCUCAAAAAGACAAUGACUUUUUGGGUGAAUCUAGUUCACACAUGGUCGUGGAUCAAUGCUACACGCCCUCUACUUCAUCUGUGUCUGAUGGGACAGUCCAUGUGGAUAGCAACAAUGAGGCCAUGGAUUGGUCAUUCUUGAGCAUGUUAGAUUCAAAUGACAUGGGUUUUAGCUCUGAUUUUGGGACUUUUUCCGGGCUGGAAAGUUUGCAUUCAGGGGAAAUGUUGUAUCCUCCAGUACUUCCAGGACCUGUUGAAGAUAAUGGGGAUGAAAAUGGUGCUGAGGCUUUUUCUCAGCAAUCUUUCCUUUGGAAUUUCUAGCUAGAAUUUCUGAAAUCUUAUCCAACUCGAGCAGACUCGUUUGCCAAUUAUUCUUCGCUUUGUAAGUUUAUUAGGCCGGAGAGUUCCUUCCCAUUCCAAGUGGAAAAUGGCCCGGUUUUUUUUGGUUGUGCCAUCUCCCUUAUACUAAGAUUUGCAAUCUCACUUCCGACCAGUAGGAUAUCCUUAAUAUAAUGGCCGGCUAAGCUAGCUAGCAAAAAUAACAAACCUUUCCUUUUUUUUACAGAUGAUUCUGGUUAUAUAUAAACUGUGUGCUCUACAAUUGUUAAUGUAAGUUGUAUCGUCUUUAUUAUCAGAGCUGAAGUACAAGGUGUAGAUCAUCAAUAUCCAAUGCAUAUAGUAGCUAAGCUAGCUAGCAAAAAUAGCAAACCUUUCCUUCUUCUUUUUUCCAGAUGAUUCUGGUUACAUUUAUAAAGUGUGUACUCUACAAUUUUUAAUGUAAGUUGCAUAAUCUUUGUUAAGUGCUGAA